AUGGAGGUGCAAGGUGGUUUCUUUUACAGACAUUUCGUACUGUUUGUACUACUUCUGGCACACCUCCUCAACCAGCUGGACCGUUAUAUGAUGGCCAUUACCAUCACACCGAUUGCUCAGGAGCUUCAAUUCGGAGACAAAAGCUGUAUACGAAACAGUUCUAUCCCUGAACAUGGCACGUCUACAAUCCCUUGCAACUUCAAAAAUCGAACAAGUUGCGAAGAAUUCACAACCGAUUGGAACGUCACCAAUGUCUGUAUCUGGGAUUAUGAUGGACAAGGAUUACAAUAUCAAAUCGUGGCCGGGCCUGUUUUCACAGUGGUUUAUACUAUAACAGGGAUCGUAAUCGGCUUUGCGGGCGACGGACUGAACAGGAAAAACUUCCUCUGUUGCUGUAUGAUGUUUUGGUCGGCGUCAACAAUCCUAACUGGAUUCAUAAACACUUAUUGGCAACUGGUGCUACUGAGAUUUGCUCUUGGAAUAGGUGAGGCAGGGUGCACUCCUUUUGCCACUUCUUUAAUCGCGGACUACUUCCGGAAAGACCGCAGAGGGAUGGCCUUGGGCGUUUACAACUUGGGCAUUUACAUGGGCUACAGCCUUGCCUUUGCUCUUGGUAACUUUGUCACGGCCAGAAACAUACUAAAUCAGGGUUGGAGAUGGUCUUUUAUUACGUCCGGCUGCCCGGGGAUUCUUCUAGGUUGUGUUAUGAUAUUUGUUGUAAAGGAGCCUAAACAUACUGCAAAACACGUCAGUAGGAACUCAAAAGGAUUUAAUAAUUCAUCGACCAAGUCUGAUGAACUCCGAAAUACUGUUGUUUAUCAGUCCAGUAAAAAAGCACUUCCUGUUUCCCGUAAUUCCACUUCCGGUCAAAAGAGAUUACCGCAGCCAGAGACGGAAAGGACAACUCUUGCAUUUACAAAUCCAAGCUACAGCGCCUCCUAUUCAACCAAUGACCUGUCGAUAGAAUCUGAUGCCACGGGAAAUAAUUCACAUGACGUACGCACACCUGCAGACAGUUACUCUAACAAUUUGUACCAAAGCGAAAAUGAUACGAUGACCUCAGUGAAUGUUCAAAACUCUCAGGUCAAAAUGGUCUUUUACAGUGGCACAACUGGUUCCGUGGUUGGACAGUCUGGAGUCUCUACUGGGCAACAGAGCAGAAAUGUUAGCGGAAUCCGAAAAAAACUGAUUUCUUCAUUGGUGCCAUUCUUGAACCCAUCACUAGUCCUGCUCGUACUGAGUGGAUCCUUGAGGAAUUCCGCUGGUUACGUUUGGGCGUAUAAUACACAGCCAUUCUUCUCGGCCAUUGGGCAGACACCGACAGAAAUAGGCGCCUACUUGUCCUGGAUACCGCUAGUAGGCGGCAGUGUUGGCGUCGUACUCGGCGGCUAUAUCUCGGAUAACUUCGUGAAGAAAAGAGGCUCGGAAGCACGUGUACUGGUUAUAGUUAUAAGUCAGCUUCUGGCCGCACCCUUUGCCUUUGCUACACUGGUGGUCUCUCCACCAACUGCCUACUUCUUUCAAAUUCCUAGUUACGUUAUUGGUGAGAUGUGGGUGGGGGUGACGCUGACCGUCGUCAUCGAGCUGGUACCCCCAACAUCACGAACAGCCGCUGUGGCCGUCUAUCUUUUCAUCAGCACAAACAUUGGAGGAACCGUCCCACUCCUAGUUCCAACCCUACAGACAGCUUUUCUUAACAGCGGUUUCUCCAAGGCAGAUGCCUUCAGAAGGACAUUAUAUGUGUUGUACCCUGGUCUGGUUGUGGCCUGUGCAGCAUCUUUCCUGUUGACGGUCAUUGUCAUGCGAAGGUACAGAGGGAGAGUCCGGUCAUACAGCAACAUGGAGAUUGACAUCAGUGCAAAACAAACGUAA